GCCAUGGUGUGAGGUUACACAACCUCUGCUCUCCACGACCCUUGACGUGCGUGUGUGUGUGUGUUGGUACAGCAACAUAAGCUCCAGUAAACUCCCACGGGUUACUCUGCCUGUACAAAUAAUAUCACAACUUUUAUGGAAAGUCUCUCUGCCCUUAAUAUUGCAAAAAAAAAAAAAAUAUCUUUUGAUAACAAUCUUGGGAGAUGUGCAGCCUGGAGAGUUGUUAAAUUUACUAAGUAACAGCGUGCAGAAACCAACGCAUAUCAAGAUGCUGACGGAACUGUGGUGUAAAUGAUAAAAUAGACAAAGUUUAGCAGGAAACAGUAACUCAACCUCUCACAGAAUAAUGUAACAAGUCCUCAUUGCAGCACUGAAAUUAUCCCCGUCUCACUGGGUCUUCAUUGAGAUUAAAUUUUAUUUUACCCUUUUAAAGGAGGCAAGUUAUUGGAGAAGUGUGUGCAAGAAGAACGUCAGAGAGUUACUACAAGUGCUCUAAAGAAAGGCUGGGAUGUGACUCCUACCGUGUACCACCUGAGCGGGAUGGAUGGGGCAUCAGGGACCCUAUCAAUGACCACUCCUGAAGCCGUGUGGAUACCAGGUCACCAGGGUUGCCUGGGACCAGGAGGAGUCUACGGCAGCGAUGUGUCAGGUAAAGAUGUGACAGAUGGAGGCACAGGGUCUGUUGUGCCCAGUGAGAAGUGGAUGUACCAGGCCAAUAUCUUCACUCACAUGCCUGUUAAAUUUCCUAAGAGCAAGUGCUUCACUCACAUUGCUGCUGGCACUUGCUACGAUAAUGAUCAGUCGCUUCUUGGCAGUGGUGGCAUCCUGGCGCUUCCGGAGGGUAAUAAACAGCCAGUUUAUGACACUAGUGUCAAGACCCCUCCAGAGAGCCAAGAAUGCUCAGUAUAUGGCAGUAAUAACGGAUUGGCACUUCCUAAGGAUGCUUGGUCCUGCUCCUGGGAGAGAUGUAGCGAGAGAGAGGAGCACCAGCGUCGCUCUGUGUAUUUUAAACCAUUGCUCCACAGUGUGUGUCGUCCAAACAGUGAACAAACAAUAUCAGUGAAAACCAAAUUUACCAAAAAUAAUUGUUAUAAGACAAAGAGUUUGCUUUAUCACACAUCGGAAUACUUUUGUGCACCCACAAACUGCACCAGAAGAGAUUUAAGAGCAAAUUCACAAAACAGUGUAAAAACGUGCUUUAGGUUACCUGUGGGUUAUUUGAAGCUACGAUUGCCUAUAGUAACAAGUAAACUGGAUAUGGGAGCGGUUUUAGUAGUGAUUGGGGUGGUGGCAAUGGUAGUAAGCUGCUGCGAGGCCUUGCCCACCUUGCCUCAGGCCUUGCCUACCCUUCACCAGGCCUUGCCCACCCAGCCUCCAAACCCCCAGUCCAAUGCCUCCAGCAUAUCCCAGGAAACAGAGGCACUUAGGAGAGGACGUGGAGUAUCUGUUUCUGCAUCCAACAAGUCCGCUGAUGGUGGAGUGACGUGGUAUCACCAGAACUUGAUGAAUGCUGAACUUGGUGCAAAGGUCCCCCAUGUAUUAAUGAAUUCUGUACCACUGUCAGACAAGAGAACAUUAGGACGGAACAUGCAGGAUAUGUCCUGA